AUGAACGAUGAGAUAAUUUCAAAAUCCAAUGUCGGCAGCAACAUUCCUUUGGCCGAUGAGGAUGCGAUCAAUGUGGACGGCGGCGCCUUUCGUCUGGUUACUUCAUGGAUCACGUCGAAAGGGUUGACGAACGCCGAGGAGGACACGUGUUCGCGGAACGUGCAGAACUUCACGACCUUCCGGACUUCCGGUUUAUCGGCAAUUGCUAGGCGGGACUUGCCGAUGUCCGACGACGGCAAGAUGCUCAAUCAUCGGCGGGAGUCGUCUCAGCAACGUUACGCGCGUCAAUCGUCCGCUUCGAAGACGGACCAAAGCGAAGAGAUCGAAGGCGCUUCGUCGCACUUCGAAAACGCGGUGAUAAAAUAUCAGAAGUCGAAGCUACGUCCCAAGCGACAGAUCAGCCGAGAACGUCAGCAGCAGCAGCAGCAACAGAGCAAUUACUCGAGCAGCGACGAGAGUGUCGCGAGAAACAAGUCGAAGAGCAUCAGUUCGAUUGACACUCAAUCGGUGAACAAUAUUCUGGAUGAAUACGAGGAUCUAGAUUAUCGUAGAUCGUCGGACCUCAGUGAUGUUGGUAAUAUCAGUGUGACAAAUUUCGAGGCAAUAAUGAUGAAUCAGCAGAAACGGCAGCAGGUAAAGUCGAAGCAGAUAAAAUCCAGUGGAAAGAUUCAAACUAAAUCUAUUCCGACAAGGGAAAAAAUUCAAGCGGUACUAAAGGUGAACCAGCAGACUCAAGUGAGACAGCGUUCGCGGGAUAGACAGAAGGACUUUAAUAAAGGACAUCAACAAGAUAUCUGUUAUGUUUCGCCGCCAGUUACAAUGGACACAAUCGAAAGUAGUCGUUCGAAGAUGCCUGAGAUUUUACUACGCAAAGGAGAAGUCCAGAAAAGGGUAGACGAAUGGUUGAAUCAAGCGCACAGCCAAAACUUCCCGGCAGCUCCUCGUGAAAAACCUUUGACGAGGUCCAACAGCAGCGCCGAGAAGAAUCACCGAAGAUGUCGUGGUCAAGAUUCGCGAUCUCGGACAUCGACCGACGAAGCGAAGGACAGAUUGAAUGGAGGAACCUCGUCGAGUUAUGACGACCUGACUCGCGUGAAUCGCCGGUUGGAGCGCGUCAGGCCAGAGAAGGUGAACGUCGGUGUGAACACCAGUAAAGGCACGUACAAAGAGUACUUGGCGGUGAGGAGUAAGCAGGAUUAUGGCUUCAGUACUCAGUCGAAUAUCGCAUCAUCGAAAUCUGGUGAUUCCAAUCCAGCCUCCAGGAUCCCUCAGAGAGGACUCCUUGGUUCGAGUUUCAAGUCCAGGCGUGUCGAAGCGAAUCUUGAAGAGAAACCUACAGCAUCGAGUAGGAUUAUAAAUUUGACGAAGGCGAUAAGUGAGUCUGAUCACAGUAGAACAACUAUUAACUGCAAUUCGAAGAUAAUCGAGAUGUCUAUCGGUACGAUGUCGAUGGCCACAGCAACGACAACGACGUCAUCAAUUAUUUCCUACAGAAGGCCGUCCUUGAAGCGUUCUGGAAACGGAGUGGAUGGAAACUGUGCAGCGGCGGCUGCUGCGCACUCGCUUGCUAAAGAGGAGAUGGACCCGCCGUGCGAGCGGGGCCCCACGAAGGGCCUACCAUUGCUUGGAGGCAGCUUUAGUGACCAAGGCGAACCGAUCUCACCAAAUAAGGACGGAGAAAGUAGGCGGCCAGCUGCUACGGCAAGCAGGCUGACGCCGCAACCCGGCGCUGCCGAUAAAACGGUCGAGGCGACUUGUAAAUCGACGGAAGUGUCGGCGAGAUGCGCUGCAAACUAUUCACGAGGUAGCUCGAGGAUCGCUUCGUCAGCGGAAUCUGACCGCGUCGCGAUCGAAUCGCCGCGACGCCGACUUCAGUUUUGCAGCGAUGCCCGAAGAGAGCCUAGAUCAAUCGAUCAAUCGCGACACGAGCAACCGAUUUAUGGCUCAGCUGUUAGUGCUCGUGUUAGAGCUCUUCAAGGUCAAGUGGAGUCACGUACUCCGCGAAACAGGUGUCAACAGGUCGCAGGAGCAUCGAUGGAGGGUAAAAGACCAUUGAUCCUACCGCGCAAAGAUCUUGGUGUAUCUUCGCAAGAUGGUGUAGGAUCGCAAGAUCGAGCGAAUAUGUCAAUUAGCACACCUUCGUCCAGUUUCAAGCCGAACAAUCGAGUUUACACCACGAUCAAUGAUUCGCAGUCACAACCGAAUGAGCAGAAUGCUGGAAGAUCCAAGAUUGCUGUCUGCGAAAACGUCCCGUCCGUCAGAAUCACGCGUUAUGCUUCUCCCGAUCACGUGGAGAGGAUUUACGAACGUAGCCUGCAACCGCAAGUAAUCCACGCAGAUGAUCUUGAAUCAAUUCUUCGACCUUCUCUGCAAACAUCACCUUACGGUGAAAAGGUCGGCGUUUCUAAAGAUCGAGAAUCAACUGUCAAAGAAGUGCCAUUGACGCUCGAGGACGAGACUGGCGAGUUGCGACACGAGCAUCUCGAAACAAUUGAGGAGGACGAUCGAAAGAGCGAGAAUUUGGUCUGUAGGUAUCCGGAGGUCGGAUUGAAGCAGUGUCUGAAGAUGCAGAAGAGUUUACCAAACGGCAAAUCGAAAGAAUCGGAUAAGAGAAAGGAAAAUUCAAUUUAUGUUAAGUGGAAUCCACAGCAGCAGAUUGUUUUUAAUGAACCCGCGAGAACUUUUGCCACUUUCCAAUCGGGAUCAUCUUGUCAGGAUGACGUUAAAUCAAGUAUCAGGUCUCGAUCUCCAGAGAUGAAAGAAUCCAGAGGUCACGAAGAGAUUACACAAGAUCCAGACGAGUCGACAAUCCUCCAAGAUCUCGCGGGCGUUUACGAGGACGCUUCGCGAGAAGAUCAGAACCAACUGACGAUUCAUUCGCGAGAGAAUAGCAAUUUGUCAACCGCUACGAUUCCUGUCGAUGAAUUAGAGAGCCAGAAAGACUCGAGGUCGAAGGAGGCUGAGGAAGAACUUUCUCGAAAUAAACUUCAGUUCGAUGAAAAGUUGCAAGAACGCGUAGUUGAAGAAAUGACAAAGAAUGCUGACGAACGUGGUGCAGUGGUCAAUGAAGUUCUCGUUAAGAACCUGCAAUUUGAGCAAGAUCUGCCGGAAAAUCCUGUCGAGCAAACGAAACCGGAUCAUGUUGUACAGCAGGUGAAUUUUCACAAUAUCUUGUGCGACGAUUAUGAAAACGAGAAGUUGAAGAAUAAGAAGAUGUAUAUGACAAAGGAGGAAAUGGAACAUCAGAGGCUAAUAGAUAUGUUGAAGAGAGGAAACUUCGAGACGCUGAAGACGAUGUAAAAGAUGACAGGAUGCAUUCCACAAUUUUGUAGCGUAUUGACGAUUGUUUGCAUUUCGAGACGGAGCAGC